AUGGCUCCAACCCCCAGACCGCCCGGUGGACAGCUCGCCAUCCAAUCAAAGCGCAAUCAACCAUCUUCGCUGCUCAGAAAGCGCUGCGACCAGAGGUUUGCGAAGCUUCUGCAAGAUUACCACGAGACAGACGGACAUGCCGUGGAAUGGGCCAUCAUCUUUGAGAGCGGACGGGACAACAAGCUUCUGCUCAUCUCGGUGUUUGGGGAGGACGACGUUUUCCCGAUUCGUUGGGCGGGCGAUGGGGAGAGCGAGGAUGAAGCUGAGGCGGAGAUUGAAGCUCAAGCGAAGCUCGCUGAGGCAGAAGCGGAGAAGGCGAAGGAGGAUGAGGGUAAGAAGCUGAACAAACGCGAGACUAGCAAGCUGAAGAGAGCAGCCCGCGAGAAACUGGAGGAGGCGAGCAGAGUUGCAGAGGAGAUUGAGGCGAGGAAGGACGAAGAAUCGAGCGAGUUGCCGACUAAUGAAGAGGUGACCGAGGCUCAAGAACUGCCCAUUUUCACCGCAACACAGUCCUACGACAUCGAAAGCGUCUCAGAAGAUGAGGAUGUCCCUGAACAGAAAGCCGAUCCCACUACCAAGACCGACUCCAAAGCUCGCAAAAUCCCGUCUAGUUUCAAGGAGAUUAGAAAGGAGAAGAAGAAGACCUACAAGGAGGAUUACGCUGUUGUCGGCACCAUCAUGGAAGGCAAGGUGGAGUGGAUGUGCGAUGAUAGUCAGUACGAAGGCUUCCAGGACAAGACGACGUACUUCAACAAGGAUGGUUCGGCUUUGGUGCAUGGCGUGAGAUUCCACGAUCGUAUUACGAACAGGGAAAUUGCAGCGUGGGCAGAGUUUGAGAAGAUGAAAGACAAGGAACACGAGGUCUUUCUUGCGCAGGAGAAAGUCAAGAAAGUUUCGAAGAAAGCGAGGCAGAAGGCGGGCCUCCCAGCCGAGCACAGCGACAUUGAAGAGGACGAUGCUGCUGUUCGCAAGCGAGAGAAAGCCAAAGCAAAGCGAGUCAAGCAAAAGCAGAAGCGAGACUUGGCCAUGGAGAGGGAGGCCGAGGAGAUGAGGGCUGAGGAUGAAGCUCGGAAGGCAGCCACUCAAGCUUGGUACGAGCAGCAGACUGGCGAGGCUAUCAAGGAUGGUGAUGAGAUCAAGGAAGUGGAUCAAACCACCCCAGAAGGCGCGUUGGCCGUUCAGCAGGCGAAGGAACGUGGAUAUACGUUAUUCGCGAAGCCCAAGCUGAAUGGACCUGGGACUUGA